ACUUAAACGUGGCUCUAUUGUGUGAUGAAGGAAGCAGCUCCAGUGGCCGAGUGUGAACUCUUUCACUAGUGUGAUGGACGCAAUAAGGGCUUGAAUGAGUUGAUAUUAUUGUACAGCGGGGCAAGAAGGUGGAUAGGAAAUCUUACAUUCGAAAAUUACAAGAAUGUUAGUUGAUAUGAAAGACUGCAAGAUAAGAUGAGAAGUGUGGAAGAGAACUCUUUAGUUGUGUUGUGUAUGCUGUGUGGAUUGCACGAGAAAGGCGAACUUCAUACAUGAGGGAACGAGUCCUUUACCUUCGGCCAGUGUUAGGAGGGAAGGCAUAAAUUGACGACGGCAUAAUGCUUUGCUAAUGGAACAUUUUUUAAUGUUUGAUUUAUCAGUUCAACAUUCAUACGGAUGAAUAACUAAAAGGAAAGCAAAUGUAUAAUCAGGCGAAAGCUAUUUUGACUAGUGUCCGUUUUCUUAACAUUCAAGUUCCCUUACACAGCAUUCGCGUCCCUUCAUAACAUGUGUUAAAAUCUCUUACAAAUCACUAAGAGUCGUGAGCGGGACGUCAGUGAAGUGAUGGCGUGCUCCGUAACACAUCCUACUUCCGGUGACAAGUUCAAACUACUGAACUUUUGUCACGUCCUUGAACGUCCUUGCGUGCGCGCGCACACACACACACACACACACACACACACACACACACACACACACACACACACACACACACACACACACACACACACACACACACACACACACACACACAUCUUGCGUUGAAUAUUAAUAAAUCAAGUGCAGAGUGGAAAUAUGAGGCGCCCCGAGCCAGAGGGUACCAACCCUCAAAAAUACGAAGGGUGUAAAAGUCAUAUAAAAUUGUCGGCCAAGUGAAAUACGACCAUAUGGGUACCUAUACGAAGCCUCAAAGUGGAGUGAUAAUGCGUAAAAAAAGUCGCGACAAACUUCUCCGAUCUGCGAGCAAGAAGGUACCAAGAGCAGGGAGGUGCGCUGAGCCUCGCCGUGCGCUCCCCAAUCAGCGGCGAGUAUUCUCGUGACUCAUAGCCGCGCCCCCACCUCGGCCAAUCACAGCCUUUGUUUACUUUAGCCCAGAGUCUCCCCCCAAAUCCUUCCUUCCCUCCCUUGCCAGGCCUAUUACUCCCGCAUCAGCUACACCAUACACACAUUCUCGGUUUGGUCCGCACCAGUUUUGGUCUUGGCAUCAAGAAUGGCUUCCUCCAGUGAUGAAGCUGCAGCUGAUCAACCUACUGCUGAAGGCUCUGAUAUAGCUAAGAAGAGGAAGGUUAGAGAUGUAUCAAAGUGGAAGAAGACUAUAAGCAAGAAGAGGCGAGACAGUGGACAAGAAUACACGAGCCGCUUUACGCAUCACGUGGUGGCGGCAAAACAAGUUGGCCCCUGUACGUGCCCUAAAAAGUGUUUUGAUGUUGUUGGUCAUGACAAAGUGCAGCAGAUAUUCGAUGAAUAUUGGAAAAUGGGUGACCAUAAUGCCCAAUCUGCUUACCUGUCUAAAGUGGUGACAUCGCAUCCCGUGGCUCGGCAGUAUGCAGGAGAUGAGAGUGUGAGGAAAGCUACUUUCGAGUAUACGGUGAUCGUGAAUAACCAGAAAGUAGUGGUGUGUAAGACGGCCUUUCUCCAUAUCCAUUCCAUCAGUUCGAAACGAGUGUUUAACGUCGUGAAGAAGUUGGGAGAGACAGGUGUUGCUCCUGUGGAUAUGCGUGGGGCAGGGCCUGCACCGAACAAGACACCAGAUGACAUUAUGCAGUUUGCUCAAGACCACAUCAAAUCUUUGCCCACCUGUUCUUCCCAUUAUUCAAGAGCAAAGAGUCAUGAUCGUGUGUACCUCCCACCUGGAUACAGUCAAGCUCGAUGUUACGAAUUGUACAAGAUCUGGUGUGAUGAGAGGGACGUCCCAGAAGAGAGACGCGUUACUUUGGACAAGUACUGCAGGAUUUUCACCACUUAUAACAUCGGGACCAAUCCUCCAGUGAGUAUGGUGCCUAAUGUAUCGCGAAGGGGGCAGGGGAGGGCAGCAGGAGGCUGCCUGAAUGUGUUAUUCGCCAGAGAUCGUGUAAUGUUUCACCAUACAGACUACAGAGUGAUACAUUGUGCGGUGAGAUGGUUACCUUUCCUUGCUGACUAUCGGGAGACUAUGGAGUGUCUUGAUGUGUCCUCGUGUAUUUAAGUCAU